UUUCUAAAAAAGCAUUAAAAAUACAUAGAUACUAAUAGCAAGUCUUCAAUAAAAUGCGAAUAAAUAACAUAGAUAUUCAUUUAACCUAUUCAACCAAUUUCACAUUGCUACUGAAAAUGGGGUAAUUGUGGGAAAAUAUGUAGAGAGGUACUACAUAUAACUAAAUUAAAUUCUAACGGAGAGGCAGCUCGUGAGCUCUGAAGCUAUCGAGAAGCUUGCGGUAGGUUCAGUGAUCACUAAGAGUACGGAUUGAUUGAAAGUGAGAGAUCAGACAAAAGCUCCGAAAGCUCCCUACAACAUUAUAAAGGGAAAAAGAACAGAGUGUAUAGUGCUGUGUUUAAGUGAUACAAUCUCAAUUUACGUACUGAUGCUAUCUCUAUAAUUUUAGUAUCAUUUUACAUAAGUGAACAAAUGUUCGUGAUUUUUCUUCAUAGAGCAAAAAGUAUGAGUGUUCGAUGGAAAUGCUGUGAUAAAAGCUCUCAAUUACCUUUUUAAAUGAGUGGAUGGCACCCCCCGUAGAGUGAAAUAAAUGAUGUUAUUGUCAAUUACCUGUGAAAUUGAUGUGUUGGAAGUGAGAGUAGUUGAUAACACAUUGAGUGGACCACCGUCUAUUGAUUGUGUAGCCUUAUAACCAAACCCCAACCCCCUCAUUGCGUCCACCAAGAAUGGUUCAGAAGAUUGACAUAUCCGCAAUUGGAGGUGAAAAUAAUCUGGAACCACCAGGGCAGUCAAAGUUAACAGCAUUGCGUCGCUCCUUCAAUGCACUGAGGUUUAGACUUUCCAAGAGGGGACGAUCAAAUACACAAGAUUGGUUCCUUGAUAAAUUCUCAAAUAUACCAACUAGUUCCAAGAAGAACAAUGGUGAACCAUCUGAGCCAAACAACAGUGAUAGUUUCUGCAAUCGGUUGUCAGUAGAUCCGUCCUUGCCUUCACACUACAGGUGGUUAGCCGUUGUGUCGGUCGCCGUUCUCUACAAUGUCAUUUUUGUGAUAGGACGUGCUGUCUUCUGGGAGUUGAACAAAAAAUCCCCCGCUCUGUGGUGGGUUCUAGAUUACACGUGUGACUUUAUCUACAUCAUCGAUACACUUGUACACUGUCAUGAAGGUUACCUGGAACAGGGGCUUCUGGUGCGAAAUGCCGCCAAAUUGCGACGGCACUACUUCUCCACGAAGGGCUGGCGUCUCGACUUACUAUCAAUUCUUCCUACCGAUAUUGCCUACUUAUGGUGGCCACCCAGCUCCUGCAAUGCCCGGGUGCCGUGUCCUGUUAUCGUGCGAAUCAAUAGACUCCUACGGAUGCCAAGGAUGUGGGAAUGGUUCGAUAGGACAGAAACAGCCACCGGCUAUCCCAAUGUAUUUCGAAUAUGCAAAGUCGUCCUGGCUAUUCUCGUACUCAUCCACUGGAAUGCGUGUCUCUACUUUGCAAUUAGCUACGCUCUGGGUUUUGGUACAGACAAUUGGGUGUACAACUUAAAUGGACCGAAGAACUCGACGCUGUCACGACAGUACAUUUACAGCUUCUACUGGUCCACACUCACCCUCACGACCAUUGGGGAGACACCAACGCCAGAAAAUGAUGCUGAGUAUCUCUUUGUCGUGGCCGACUUUCUGGCCGGUGUGCUGAUCUUCGCCACCAUUGUCGGAAAUAUUGGCUCAAUGAUAUCCAAUAUGAAUGUAGCGAGGGUCGAAUUCCAAAAUCGAAUGGAUGGCGUGAAACAAUAUAUGGCCUUCAGGAAGGUUGGUGGUGAACUGGAAGCCCGUGUGAUUCGGUGGUUUGCCUACACAUGGGCACAGAGUGGGGCACUCGACGAGGAGAGAGUUCUGGCAGCACUGCCGGACAAACUCAAGGCGGAAAUUGCCAUUCGGGUACAUAUGGAUACGCUGAAGCAAGUGAGGAUUUUUCAAGACUGCGAGCCCGGAUUGCUCGAAGCGCUUGUCCUGAAAUUAAAACUACAGGUAUUCAGUCCGGGUGAUUAUAUCUGUCGCAAAGGCGACGUUGGCAAGGAGAUGUACAUUGUGAAGAGGGGUCGCCUGUCGGUAGUGGGUGACGAUGGGGUGAUGGUGUUGGCCACUCUGGGCGCUGGUUCUGUCUUCGGGGAGGUGUCCGUUCUUGAAAUUGCUGGCAAUCGAACUGGAAAUCGUCGUACUGCGAAUGUCAGAUCAAUAGGCUAUUCGGAUUUGUUCUGCCUGGCGAAACGUGACUUGUGGGAGACAUUGGCAGAUUAUCCCGAAGCGAGAGCUUCCCUCACAGAACGGGGUUGUCAACUUCUCAGGAAAGACGGAUUACUCGAUGAAGAAGUUUUUGCCAAUUCACAACGAGUUCAGGAUUCUCUGGAGGGUGGUGUAGUGAAAUUGGAGAGUGCUGUUGAGAAUUUAAAUUUGCGCCUUGCACGUCUUCUGGCGGAGUAUUCGGCAAGUCAGGCUAAAUUGAAGCAGAGAAUUGCGAAAUUGGAAUUAAGCAGCACAUUGCCAUGUGGGGAUGAGCAGAGCAGAAUUCAGAGAUCGCGGAUACAUUCAUCGCUCCAGCCACGGCGACGGAAAUCACGCGCCUCAUCAGCCUCAUCGACCAACAAACAGAACACACUGUGAAGAUUUAUCCAUUAUUUCUUCCCUCAUUUCUUUCAUAUUCUUAAAAGAAAAAUGAAACAUAAGUUUUCUGUCCUUUCUCUCGAUAUUAUAAUAUUUAGAUUUUAAAAUUUAAUGAAAAAAAAAGUCUCUUUUGAAAUUCCAUGGAGAAUGUAUAUCUUUGUGCCUCGAGAAAGUAAUUUUGGGUGGAUGCUGUGAGAUGAAAUUUUAUGGAGAAAAGUCUUAUCAGUUACCAUCCAGACUCAUUUAACACGAUCUAUUUAAGCGUUUUUGUGCAGUUUUUUUUUCAGAGGGGGGUGGAUGCCUCGAACAAUGCGGUGUAUAAUAAAUGUCUCAACUUUUGCCCACGUUCACUUUUGCUCCAUUCCUUUGCGAUAACCCACGAUAACCAUCUCAAUAGAAGUCAAUUAGUCUGUAUCGUCGGUAUGAUUCUCCAUAAAGGAAAAAUUAUGGAAAAAAUAUGAUUGAAAAAAUAAUAAAUUUUAGUUGUUUUCUCGCUCAUUUCUUGACAAUGUGAAGGAAUUAAUGGAAAUUUAUCAAAAUUUAUUGAAGUAUUAUUUAAGUCGGUAAAUAAGUGGCUUAAGGAAUGCUCUAAUUUUUUUUCUAAAGCAAAAAAAAACUUUAAAAUUUAAUUAUGCAGAUAUAUUGGCUAAAAUCGCCCCAUAAAUUAAGAAAUCAAAAUUAGGAGUCGAAGUUAAAGAAGUUUGAAUUUUAGUCACCGUUAUUACAUUCGAAUCAGUAGAUUUUGACUCUUUAUGCAAUUCUAACAUUUGUAGUUUUUUUUCUAACGUUUGAAAUUAAUAUUUAAGGGUUUGAAUUCUUUCCUAACGUUAGACAUUCUUUACUAACGUUUCACAUUUCUAAUGCUCCACAUCGUUUAAAUUUAAACAUUUCUUUUCUGCUGUUUGACAAUUCUUCUCUAACGUUUGCCAAUCCUUUUCUAACAUUUGACACUUUUUUCUAACGUUAAAAUGUUUUUUCUAAACGUUUCACAUUUUUUCCUAACUCUAGAUAUUUUAUUUCUAACUUUCAAAAAUUCUUUUCUACCGACAAUUCUUCUCUAACGUUUGUCAAUUCUUUUCUAACAUUUGACAUUUCUUAGCUAACAUCACCUGGAUUUUUUUCUAACGUCUGAAAUAGUAAAAAUAAAUAUCUCUACUCUCAGGGUCUUUAGACGUCCUGUCUCGUUUUUUUUUCUCCCACAAAAGAAUUGAAAACAAACAACUAAUUAAAAUAAAAUGAAUUCAAAAAUAUACUUUCCUUGACCCCAAAAACCUCUAUUCUUAGCCUAAAACUCACACAUUUCCAAUCGUUUCAAUCUUAAUUGAACUAUUUGAAUUUAAAACAUGCUGUAACCAUUCCUAGAUUAUAUUCUCUAUCACUUGAUAGAAAAUAUUAAUAUGUAGGUGUACAGCGUGUCAUUCAAAUGGAUGAAUUAAUUUAUAAUGCUCUAUGGUAAUUGACGAAAUUUAAGUCAAACCAGUAAUAGAACUUCAUACAAUUAAUAUUCUCUCCUCCCGGCAAAGUGAUUCUGUUUCCCCAUCUCAGUAUAAUUUUCCCAUUGUUUCAGCAAUUUAUAUUUAAUUACAAUUGAUUGCUUAAUAGUUUUCAAUUGUCUGGACUUGGAUAUAAAUGGUUUUUUAAUUUAUAUUCUUUUAUUUAUUUAUGUAAUUUAUAAUAUGGAGCGAGGAAAAGAAAGAAAUAUGCAUGUGGUUAAUUUUUUUUUAUUACCUACAAUCGUGUUACUUUGAGGAUGGAUGGAGGGCAUUUACUGCGUGUAUUUUUCUUUAAGAAUAUCUUGAAAAAAAAUUGUAUAUCUCAUAUGCUAAAGAAAAGGAAUAUCGUAUUAUGUAGAGAAUGUUAUUAUAUAGGU